GAAUGCAUGUUAUUUCCUUCUCUGUCACUGCUGACCGACUUCCGUUGAGGGCUUUCCCACCACCAGCUACUUAAUCAGAUAUCGUCUACGAUCGCCACUGCCGCCGUGUAUCCUCCCCCUUUCUUUUUCCUUUCCUCCCCAUCGUUUUCUCUUCACAGUUCUCCCACCGCCUCGUCAUUCGAUUCGCCGGAUCUGAUCCGUGUCGGCACCGGUACGGCACCCCUAACUGCCGAGUCCGGGUAAUGGAGGUCUUAAGUAAUGAUUUUUAUUUUUGGAAGGAUUGUGGUUGCGGGUUCUGGAUGAAGAGAUAAUUUACUUUUCUUUCUAGUUUUUUUUCCCUUUGAUCGUACAUUUGGUAGCUCCCAUUGAGCAGUCUGCUACAGUAGGGCUAAGCCAACGGAAUGGUUCCUGCUCACCGAACCAAUAUCGUGAAAUAAUCUUUUGGUUGCAUCGUUUUAGCAUUAUAUAUCUGUUGUGACCGUAUUAACACUGCUGUCGAAGGUGAAAACCGAAGCUCAACCGGGCAAUAGACGCCAUGGACGACAGCAGCCGCCGCCUUCAACAGCGUCGAAACCAGCCCUCCUUUUCUUCUUCUUCCUCGACCGGCCCAACACGUUUCCGGUCUCAAAAUUUCUCUACAAAUCCAACCAAAACCACCCAAUCCUCAAACUUCGUUCCACGCUCCAAUUCUACCACUGCAACUACCCCUAACAAUACUAGAAAUCCCGGCCAUAUCCGUAACCGGAAAUCCGAAACAUAUGAUGGGAUUAAUCAACAGCAAGAAGAACAAGAAGCAAGAGAAGACGUUGGUUCUAUAAUUGGAACUUGCCCUUUCAUGUGCCCUGAUGGGGAGAGGGCUCAGCGGGAACGCCUACGAGAUUUAGCUGUUUUCGAAAGGUUACAUGGAGAUCCUAGGAAAACAUCUCCAUCUUUAGCUGUCAAAAAGUUUUGCCGAACCAUAUCAGUAAAGCAUGUCCAAGCAUCGGAUGUGCGCCCUCUUGCAGUAUUAGAAGAUACAUUAAACUACCUUUUAAACCUACUGGACUCGAGUGAACAUCCUUUUGAAGUGGUUCAUGACUUCAUUUUCGAUAGGACUCGAUCAAUAAGGCAGGAUCUUAGCAUGCAGCAUAUAGUCAAUGAUAGAGCAAUUUGCAUGUACGAGAAAAUGGUAAAAUUUCAUGUAAUCUCUCACCAAAGGCUCAGAAACUGUACCAGUUCGAGUAUUUCGUCAUUGCAAUAUCUAAACAUGGAGCAGCUUACAAAGGCUUUGGCAUCUCUGUAUGUUUUGUAUGCAGCUAAUCGCAACAACAACUUUGUUUACAAGAAUGAAGCACAGUUUCGUUCAUUUUAUGUGCUUCUUCACCUCGAUUCAAAGAACCAACAAAUGGAGGAGUCGUUGUCAUAUUGGUUUCGCAAUGUACCUUCUCCCGUAAUGAAGUCUAAAGAAAUGCAUUUUGCCCGGCAAGUUCUAAGAUUUUAUCGAAUGGGAAAUUAUAAGCGUUUUCUCUGUACCGUAUCGUCUGAGGCAUCAUAUUUACAGUACUGUAUUAUAGAGCCUAAUGUGAACGAGGUCCGAGCACUGGCAAUUUCCUAUAUAAAUAAUUGUUGCUACAAGCUUCAUCCUUAUCCUUUGGAACAAUUGUCCAAACUUUUGAUGAUGAAGGAAUUGGAUGUGGAAUCCCUUUGCCAUGCAUGUGGCCUCAAGAUUACAUCAGACGAUGGCGAAAAUAAGUCAUUACCGACGAAGCAAACAACGUUCUCAAUCCCAAAAGAAAGUUUGCAGAGCUACGAACUUGUGGGAUUACAACAAUAAAUGAGGUAACCUUCCCUUCUAACUUAACGGGUUAGACUUUCGAUUUUAGGUUAGGGUCCCUUUUUGUAUUUCGGGUUUAGAGUACAACAAGACAUUGAAGGAAGAAAUACAAAAGAUAAAGCAAUUGCUAAAAUUCGAACUCAAAAGCUGUGAUACCAUAUUUGUCUAUAUAUGCAUUUUUCUGCAGACAGGUUACAACCAUUAUAUUUAAGUUUCAAUAAGAAUGGUGGGUGGAUAAUUCUUGUAUACCAUAUUUGUCUAUAUAUGCAUUUUUCUGCAGACAGGUUACAACCAUUAUAUUUAAGUUUCAACUAGACUGGUGGGUGGAUCAUUCUUGUAUACUGUGUUAACAUUAUAUUGUUUUUUUUAUCAAUAAAUAUUUUGUGCUGUGAAUAAUAUUAUAA